GGGCGCUCGGACGUUACCGCUGUGCCUGCGCGAACGAAAACGCACGCAAUUCAAAUUUCGAACGCGCGUGAAAAUUAGAACUUCCGAAUUUAAAAUUACAAAAAUGGUCAGAACUAAAGACGGGGACGGAAUAAAAAGCAACCUGAUUAUUACGGAGGUGCAGAAGAGGCCUUGCCUGUUCGACUCCAACCAUCCUAGCAAUGGAGACAGGGCUGAGAAGGCAAGGUGCUGGGAUGAGGUGUACGCGAGCGUGGUUCCUGGGUACGCAGCACUCGGGCUCACGGAGAAGUUUGCCGCUGGCAAAGAAGUCCAGAAAAGAUGGCGUUCCAUUCGCGACUCGUACACCAAGGCGUACCGUCAGGGCAAGUGUAUACCGGCGGAGCAGUGUACACCCGGCAGCAGGAGAUACCAGUACCACGCUCAGAUGUCGUUCCUACUGCGAGCACUGAAGAACAAGAAACCCAGAUACUCCCAAGACAAAUACGAGUCGUUCUCAGAAAUCUCCAAUUCGCCUCAACACCCGCCCCCAGAGGACCCACCAUUACCCAAAAUAAAGCACGAAGUUAUCGACAAACCUCUAGACCUCAAAACGAGACCUGAAAAACCUACACAAGACAAAAGCAACCAAGCCACUAUACAAGAAAAAAACUCGCUAGAAAUCAAAAUAGACGCUAACUCAAUAUUACCUGACGACCAUUUUGACGACGACAAACUUUUUAUGAACUCCCUACUCCCUUUAUUCAAAAAGAUGGACGAUGACAGUAGAUUACUGUGCAGAAUAGAAGUUUUGAAAAUUAUAAGAUACGCGUUAAAGGGUCAUAAGUGUUUUGAAGCGUUAAGGUUGGCCGAAGAUAGCUUUUUCAGGGAUAGGAUGAGCGGGAUUUUGGCGAAACAGGAGGUUAUGGAAGAAAUUAAUACGCCGAAGUCUACUUUGUCUAUGACUACUCGGUCUGCGGAUGGGAGCAGGCCGGUUAGGAAACGAAGAAAUCGUUCUCCAUCUCCACUGCCAAUGCCAGCGAAAAGAAGAGGACCCGGUCGCCCUAGAAAGGUCCGUCCUCCUCCAUCAGACUCCGAUGAAGAACAACUGUCAAAGAAACGCGGUCCCAAGAUGAAGGUGGUACCUCUAGAAGUCCCCAGAAUGUCAGAAAUGGACGAGUCGCUCAGUAAAGCGACUAGCGUAGCGCAACUCUCCACACCGUUAUUUAUGAAGAUGUACAAUCUAGAACGCUCAAAGACACCAACAGCGUUACCAAACCCACAGAACAUGCAGGUCUCCAUCAAAACUGAGCCGGUCGACGAUCAAGGGUAUUAGACUUUAGUGUGACGAGCGCAAAGCUCAUAUUUAAUUGUGAUUACACGUUACACGUUAUUCUUAUUUGAGUUACACGGAUUCACCCGUGUAACCUAAGGGUGCCUUUCCACCAGAGAUGUGCUACGCUACGUUGCCAUGGAUGCGUCUGAUAUCCACCAAUCAUAUUUAUUGGUCCACAAAGCAUAGCGUGCAUCUCUGGUGGAAAGUCACCCUAAUGCUUUUCCGGAAACUUUCGUAUUAAGUCAUGCUAGUUCAGUCAAUGUCAGUACAUCUUGUACUGAGACUGACUGAAAUAGCAUGACACGUUCGUAUGUUUCCGUGACAAUACGAAGGCAAAUCUUCGCACUACAUCUGUAUUUUUGGUACACGGGUUAUACGUGUAACGGUGUAACCUACGAUUUGAGAAAACCAUGAAGUUGAUAUAUCGUAGUUGGUACUAAUGUUAUUAUCUCGAACGAUUUCAUAUCAUUUAGUAUAAAAAGGUAAAGAAGAUAUACUUGAUACCGUUGCUCUUUGGAAUUGCCUAGUUUAAAAAAAAAGUAUUUAAAAAGCGAAUAUAAUGUUGAUUUGAAAGACAUUUUGAAAAAUUAAUAUGUUAUGUGGAAUAAAAAAUAUGUAUUACUUUGGUUUGAUUGUGAUAAAUGUAAUAUGCUUCGCCAUUUAUUUAGUUAUUCGUAGAGUUAUUAAAAAAAGCAUUUCAUAUUUAGAAUGUAAGUUAUAUGUUAAGUAGGUAUUGGUCGUGGUCAGCAAAAUGUGGCUAACAAGCAUACGGUUAAUCUGUUGGUAAGUAAUAGACGAAGCCUAUGAGUGGUAACAAAUGUAAGGGAUAUUAUCAUAUAAGUAAGUAUGUGUAGGGUUAUUAGUGUUAUUACUAUCUCAUUGAAACAAUUAGUAUUUAAAAUUAACUCAUCAUCAUCAUUGGCCUCAAAGUCUAUAACAGACUAUACAAGCAGUGUCAAGUGGGGCGACAGCGUUUUUCAUGGCUAUGUAAGCCAAUACGGGAGCGACAAACACGACCACAACUCGGGCAGGUGAAGUGUGCACUUGGCGAACACGUAUCGCGCUGAUGACGCUUGGCGCGCUUGCUUGCGAGUGACAGUUAAAAGAAGAUUUUUUCGAUCUCAGAACAAUUAAAUAAGAAAUAACAUUUUGCUGGUCACUACCGAAUAAUGUAAAAGAAAUAUUUUUAUAGAAGUCACAGUAAAUGGUAAAUGUUAGUUAGGAACACAUACAUAUAAUAGAAUAUGUGAAACAAAUAUAAAACCAUGGAUUAAGCACAUUGCACGAAUUUUUUUUUUCAGAAUUUUUGAGCCAGGACCUUUGCUCAAUUACAAAAUUCAUAUAACGAAUUGACGAUUGUCUAUGGCCACAGACUAUUUGAAUUUGGUUGUCUAUUGUUUGCCCGAUAGUCAUUUAACAUAAUAUUCAUUUGCCCGAAUCUAACUUGCCUGAAUUUCAUUUGCCCGAAUGAUUUGUUUACCAUAAAAAUCAUAUGACAUACUCGUUGUU